AUGACGCAUAUCGAUGAUGUCGAGAACGCACCGGAGCGGACAGCUGAAGAUGAAGCUUUAGAUUUGCGUGUUUUUGCUCGUGCCAUGUGUGAUGAGGCGUGCAGCAUACAGAAGCUUUUGCAUGAGUACACGGAUAAGACGAGAGCUCUUGACGAUGAAGUGCGAGGUUUUGUGGAGCGCGACAACGCGGAGGAGGACGCGCUUCAGAUGAUUGUGACGGAUGUUGCGCAUGCGGAAAUGAGGGCUCUUCGAAACGUGCGUUACGUUGAAUUUUCACAGCAGAGGUCAGGCGCGUUGGCUGAGCGAGCCGCCGAAGGGGCAGUGGUCUGUCCGGCCUCAGCAGACGGAAGGACUUCGUGGGUAUGUGGCUGGCUGCCUCGCCGCGUUGUGCAACGGUGCCCCGGAUGCAGUUUUUGA